AUGAGAACAUAUGCCUAUGGACCGCUCAGUAGAAAGCAAGACAUUAGGAUCUUAAAGCUAAAUGCAGGAUCGAUUCAUGAUCCGCUCAGAGGAUCUCUGGCUCCUCGCAAAGACGAUGAGUCUUACGAGGUCUUGCUCUGGGCUAUGGAGGAAGGAAACGAGUCCAGUCGAAUCUCGCUCCACGAUGAAGGUGGCGUGUCUAAUUUUCUGCAUAUCAAGCCAGACUUGGGGGCAGCGCUGAAAAGCUUGAGACCAAGACAAUCUGGUAAUCCGCAUCGCAAGCUCUGGAUAGAUGCGAUUUGCGUGAACUGGAAAGAUAUUCAGGAGAAAAAUAAGCAGGUAGCCAUGAUGGCUCAGAUACUCAGACAGGCUACGAGAGUAUGCCUUUGGCUUGGAUCCCAUGAUCAUGAUAGCCGCAAAGCAAUUGAGUUUAUGAGGAGUAAAAUCCUAGAUCUUGCCCGUAUCGAUUACCAUUUCAGUCAGGAAUCAAGCUUGGAUUCCUGCAUAGCAUUGGCUAGUUUCCUCAACCGACCGUGUUUCGAACAGCACUGGAUGGUGCAAGGAAUUGUCUUGGCUCGGAAUGCUGCAAUAUACUGCGGCGAGGACUGUUUGAGCUGGGACCAAUUUGAAGCUGCUGUCUCACUGUUUCGCGUCAAGUACGACUCACUAGCUCGGCAUCCGGCGUAUAGUGCAUAUAACUUUGGAGAUAUCAGGGCUUUCAGUGCUGUUCGCCUCGUCGAGGUGACAUCUACUCUUGUGGAGCGGUCCGAGUCGGGCGGUAUGUUGUCUCGAUCCCUAAGCAUCGAAGAUCUUGUUUUUAUGCUCUCCGAUUUCAAGGUGCGCGAGCCACAUGACUUGAUUUACUCCGUAUUGGCCUUGGGCAGUGGUACAGGGCUUCUGGAAUCACAGACUGUAAAACCUGUGGAGGGCAAGACGGGGAGCACUGAUAGUCGGCGAAGUACGACAGUCAUCGCAGUCGACUACGGACAGGACUUUUUUGAAGUCUGCAAGAAGUUCAUGGCCUUUACUAUCUCCAGAUCUGGAUCUUUCGAUCUAAUACUCCAGCCUUGGGCACAUCAGGCUGCGAGUAGGCUACCAAGGAGCAAGAAUACCCUUCCAUCAUGGAUCACAAUGACCGGACCGGUGCAUCAAACUCAAGCAAGCUCUAGUGCAUUUGGCGGCGUGAGCAGAGUUCGCGCCAGUGCUGAUCCCUUGUUGAAGUCGGGUCUGUCGCGUUCAUAUCGGUAUAAGGCCUCGUGGCAACGUGCAAGGCCUGCAAACUGGAGGUUGGGGACCGGCGACAAGGGCUGUAGCCUAUUCGUGACAGGCUUUAUUCUUGAUGCUGUUGGGGAGAGAGGAGAGUCAGCCGGUGUUGGGAUGCCGCCACCAAGCUGGCUUGAAUUGACCGAGGACGUGGAGCGAUCAGACGCAUUCUGGAGGACUCUCGUUGCGGAUAGAACCAUGGAUGGUCGCACUGCGCCGAAGUACUACUCUCGUGCAUUCAUGCAUGCUCGACAGCCAGGUUUCAUGGUGGAUGAGCAUGGCCCUUUCGUAGUAGACGAAUUUAUCCGGCGUGUACGUGCUGUCACCUGGAAACGCCGCAUGAUAACGCUCCGGAACGAGCACGAACAAUUCGGCAAAGAAGCGGUCAUUGGAUUAGCACCUGAACGAACGUGGAGAACAGACAUCAUUGCCAUUAUCGAAGGCUGCUCCGUACCGGUCGUUCUCCGUCAUGUUCGUGGAACCGAAACGUACAGUCUCAUUGGUGAGGCGUACAUUCACGGGUACAUGGACGGUCAAGCUUGUAGCUUACAGGAGUAUGUUCAACGUGCCGAAAGUACGAAUUAUGCAUUGAAGGAGCAGAUGAAGACACGCGAGUUUGAAUUGAGUUAG